AGUUCCUGCCUGUUGCUUUCUCUCUCAUAAUCCACCAUCUGGUUUCGCAUCAAAAAUUGCAGCGAAAUAUCUUGUUAAAAAAAAUUGUAGUUUAAAUGGAAGAAACUGUUAACCAACUCACAAUCUCAGAGCUAAUCCGUCGUGGCCAGCCCCUCACCGCCACUGCUACUCUCAAUUCCUCGCCUAGCUUUCCUAUCCCUUCUUCAUUCUCAAAAUCAAAAACGCCACCACCUCCUCCUGAUACCACCAUAAACUCAAACCCUAGGCUUAGUAAAAUCCUCUCUCCUUUGACUCACCCCGCGGUCCUCGUCGGAUCCCUAACUCUACCAACGGAAACCCUAAAAUGUACAAACAAAAAUUGCUUUCAAUUCUCCGAUGGUUCGUCCACUAUCUGCUGCGAUAUUCUCGAUUUCAGUGUUCCUGUAAUCGGGAAAAGAAUUCACGUUCUCUCUUGGAACUUCAUUCCUCUUAAACACUCUCCUGGCGGGUUUCUAGAGAUUAUCAAAUGUAGUUUUCCAGAUUCAACUAAUAAUAUUGCACUCUCCCGCUGUUCAAGUGUAGAUUCAAUUCCUAUAAUUUCAGUUCCUUCUCCUAGUUCUAAGGAAGACAGACUGAAGGCUCGAUAUCGCCUUCAUGGACCAAUCGAAUCAAUAAGCCCUGUUUCAAUUGUUCCAUGCUCAGUUGGUGCUAACAAGUCGAAGAAUCUUCGUGGUUUUAUUGCACAAAUUAGGGUCUGCGAGUGUAAAUUAUGUAUCUCUAAAGAGCCUAUCAAACCAGAACAACAAACUCAUGUAUUUACAAAACCUUCGUUUGUAUAUUUUUUUGGUUCUUCUAUGAGUUGGCAUCCUGUGAUUACUAAGCUUGUAAGAAAAGUUGUGACACUAUCAGGUUUAAAAAAGAAGUUGGUUUUUAUAGGCAAAGAGGAGUCUCAAUUAAUGUUUGUAAUUACAGAGAAUUCUGUGAUCCAUUUGCCUAGGGUAGCUAAGAAUUGGUCACCAUUUCUGAGAAAUGUUGUGCUGGGGAAAGGGGAAUGUGGUGAUUAUAAGGGUGCUGUUAGUGUUGUAUACAUGCAAGGAAUGGUCGUUGAGCUGGAUAAAGAAGUUUGGCUUUUAUUAACCGAUCAGCUACUUGCUGUACCACAUAGUCUUAGAGUGGGCGCUAUUGUCACUUUGAGGAAUGUACAUUUUGUUAAUCCAAAAUUCUCUUGGACAAAAAUGCUCAUACUUGGGGCUUGCUUGAAGACCAGCAUUACUGUAGAUUCAUUCUCUCCACUGGAAACUGGGUGUCAUAUGAUUUCACAUUCACAAAGCCAGUUGGGGAAGUUUCUCGAGUCCUUGAAUUUUUCUGCAAGAAUGUGGACACUUCUUGUCAUUUAUUCUUUCCGGAAAAAGUUUGGCUCAAUUUUAUCAGAAAGAGACAUUCUGGGAUCUAAACAUAAGGAAGGACUGGCUCAUAUGUUUGCAAGCUCACAUGUACCCCCAGCAAUGAUUCGAGUUCGGCAUGGAAUACUUACGGAAUCAUGCCAGCAUGAUGCAUUUGGCUGUGGUCGGGAACAAUAUUGUGCUAACCUGAAAUUGGUGCCACCUAUCUCUACCUUUCUCCAUCAUUGUGAGUCCAUGUGGAUGAAAGUGCUGGUACAGCUGGAGAGAAACUGUCGCAUCUGGCCUGGUAAUUCUUCAUCUAGUCUUCUCUCAUGUAAAGGGAGAUCUCAUGGUCGAACAUUGAGGAGGAUAUUCCAAAGUGAGGAUAUAGGUGUUUCUCUGCUUGGAAGUCUAAAGAUUUCUCCAUCUUCUGGAAGGUUGCAGUUAGUUGAUGCAAUGGGCAGCAUUGAUGUUAUAGUACCUGAUCUUCCAUCUGGUUGGAAGUCCAAUGGCAUCUAUGAGGUUGGUAACUAUAGUCUUAUUAUGGAAGGUACACCUGACCUUGUAGAUUAUUUGGGAUUGCCAAGAAAUGAGUCAUUCUCCUGCAGGCAUAUCUUUCAUUGCACCUCAUGGACAAGAAAGAUCAACUUGACACUCUAUAUCUAUUUUCGCUUAAGCAACGCAAUCUGGAAAAAACAUCCUUCUAAUCCCUUUUUGGGCUGGAAUUACGAUCACAAGGAACUUCAAGGUCGAAGAUUUCAUCUGAUCUGGGUAACUCACAAAUAUCCUGUUCUACAAAAGUUUCAAGGGGAACUAUUGAUAUCCGACAACUCUACUAUGUUUGCUGAGGCCAUUAUCUUGCCUUGGGAUCUCUUCCUUCCUGGGAAAGAUGGAACUAGACUUCCAGUUAAGGUUUCAGGGGAUCGGCCUGAUGAGCCAUUGGUAAAUUGCUCUAUUGAAAAUUACCAGGAACAUCCCCCCAAUAAGAAAUGUAAAAUUGAUCAAGCAUCAAGCGAGACACUUGCUUCAGAUAUGAUGAAUGAUUGCAAUAAUGGUUGCUGUGAAUUGAGAACUUGCUCUAGUCUUUCCAAGGGAUCCACUGAUGGGAAAUGUGGAAACUUGAAUUCUUUGCUUGAAAUUCCAUGCUCGAUCACUGUUAGACAUGGUAAUAUUUAUAGCUCUUUUGGUUCAGGGAAACUGUGCUGCACAAAGUGCAAGACAGAUACUGGUGCUUGCUUUAAACCGAGUACAGAGAAGGUGUUGCUAGAAUUCAACACUGAAAAUUUUAUCAAGUAUCAGUCGUUGCAGAUUGGCAGUUAUUACAUCAUAAAUCACCAUCCUGAAGAAUCUCUCUGUAGUAUUAGGAACCAUAAUUACAUUAGUGGUGUUAAGAUUUUUAUCUCAUCCAAAAUACAUUUGUGGAGCCUUUUCUUCUCUUCUGAUGAGGUAAUCAGAAAUAAUAGAUCAUCAAGUGAUGCUUCUCAGGGUGAUUCUUCUUCAAGCAGUAGAGAAUCUCUGAGAAGAUUUCAAGUUGAACCACUCCUCAGAGUCACUGACAAGUCUCCAGAAUCUUGUUCAGAUGUUUUUCUUUAUCUUGCUGCAAAUGCAAUGUGGUUUUUUGACAUUAAGCUUAAUGCAAGAAAAGGAGCAGAUACUGAUCCACCUACGGCACCAGAGGAGACCUCUAACUAUUCAAUAUCUUCAUCUAGUUUAUCUUAUGGAUCUCUUGAUUAUACUGUGUUUCCUGAGGGAAAUUUAACAUCUGUGCAUGGAGAUGUGGUUGCCAUUCAUGGCUUUGAUGAUAAUUCUGCUGAUAUUAGUUUAAGCUGCAACAGACUAGGUGAUGUUCUUGACAUGAGAUUUUCUCAGGGGAAAACAAGCGGCUCUUGUAUUCAUGUUUUGGUGGAUAAUCAAGUGGUGACUAUUUUUGGUUCACUUAGUAAAUAUGCACUUCCUGUUGGAUUUGGACCUGAUGUAAAUGCUACGUUCCAUCGAAUUCUUAAAUUCAGGGGGACAAAUAAAUUGAUGUUGACACCUGUAUCAUUUAUUGUUUUGAACUCCAUAAGGGUUACAAAUGAACUUUUUACUGAAAAAUGUUCUGAUAUCCAAUCUAGUAAUAUAUCAUCUGCUUCCUCUUUGGACAACGUUUCUUCUGGUAUAAUUUCUGAAUUGAUUCAGCAUGCAGAUGGCAAGCCUCUCCAGUUUAAUUGCAGGGUUGCCGCCGUCCAUGUUGUGGUUCUGGAGAAGAAUAGGAAAUAUUAUGAUUUGCCUUCAGAAGUAGAGUACAGGCCAGACUUUGUUGACAUUCCACUUGUAGGUCUUGUGUUGGAUGAUGGAUCAUCCACAUGUUGUUGCUGGGCCAAUGCUGAAAGAGCAGCAACCUUGCUAAGGCUGCAUGAAGAACUUCCAGAGAGAGCUUUUGAGAGCAGCGGAUGCACAUUUAAGUGGGUGGGAAUAGAGAAAAGUUGCUGGAAAAACACUGUAUAUCAUCUUGAAAGAAUACUAAGUAAGCACGACAGUAUUACUGUUAGAAACUAUGGAUCAGUGGUAGAGUCUUCUCAUCAAGAUCUUAGAGUCUCCGUUCAUUCAGAUAAUGCCCUCAGCAGCUCAGAUGAGAAUCUCCUCAAGUUCAUACUCUUUAAUGCUUGUUUUGGGACAUUGUGGACUGUUGUUGCUAAUGUGAUGGAUCCUAAUGCUGUUAAGCAGUUGGAGAAAGAACACCUUAUGCAAAUGGAGAUGACAGUGCUUCCCAUUCAAAAUAUAUGGGCUAAGGAAGUUCGAUAUGUGAAUAAUCUCACCGAGGCCAGGAACAUUAUGCGAGAACUGCUAGACAGGUAAUUGCUUGUCAUGGGACCUCAAGAGUGCAAUAUGAAUAUAUGAUGUAUGCCAUUUGAUACACAAGCUGUCUUCCCCAACACAACAUAGUGACGUUGCUGGAAGUGGUUCUUACUGCGGUAUUACAUGAUGUAUUAGCCCAACCCGCUGUCCUGCAUUCCACGUCCGUAAUCUUUUUCUUCAGCUGGUUCUUAGACUCUUUGAACAAAUGCGAGUAACAUUAUUAUGUGCAAUCUAGGAACUUGUAUUGGUGGGUCGGAAGGAGGGGGCCAUUGCCCCCCUAGCCAAUGAACAAAGGAAAAUGGUCCUGGUUAGACACAUUAAACUAGAUGGGCAAAGUCAAGAAAAAAAUGUAGGAUGCGGAAUUCUUGUAUGCUUGAAGAUAGAAGGUGGUCCUUCUCAUCUGAUCAGUCCGAAUUACAAGGUUUCAAUUUGUAGAUGAAGGGUCAUUAAGUUGACGUUUCAGUAUCAGUUUAAAAGGGCAUAUGGGUUUAGAAUGAUGUUGAUUGUGGAUAGUAAAGGAUUGGUGGAUCAGUUUGAAUUUACUGGACAGAUACGUCAUGAAGCUUCUAGAUAGGGGGAAGGGUGGCAUGUUACUGUCGAACCAAUGCUGUAGACAAUCAUGAAGGAGGUUGGUCCAAUAUUAAUGAAAGAGAAACCCUUUCUGUGACUC